CCCCAGCAGGCAGGAGGGUGGGGCGGGGCACAGUGGGUGGUGGCCCCUCCCGGUUUCCUCCUCGGAAGCCAGACUCCGUGGGCCGGGAGUGAGGCAACAUGGGCAGCAAGAGGAGAGGGGCCAGGAACAGGAGGGGCAGGGACAGCCCGGCCCCCACACAGUGCGUCCAGGCCCAGUGCUUUGACCCUCUGGUCCGAAACUGCGUGGCCUGCAAUCUCUUCCGGACGCCAGAACCGAGACCGGCCUCGCCUCCCUCCGACCCUUCCCCUCCCCCGCCGUCUCUUCCCUCCUCCCCCUGCCCCCCCUCUCCGUCCCUUCCCCCAGCAGUGGGGGCCAGCAGCAGCCCGGCGCCCGGGACGGCGCUGCAGCCGCAGGAGUCGGUGGGCCCGGGGGGCGCGGCGGAAGCCGAGGCGGCGCUGCCGCUGCCCGCGCUGCUCUUCGGCGCCCCCGCGCUGCUGGGCCUGGCGCUGGCCCUGGUCCUGGUGGGCCUGCUGGGCUGCCGGUGGCGGCGGCGGCGGCUGCGCGCGGGGGCUCCCCCAGGGACUCCGGAGCCGCAACCCGGCGAGACCCUGGACCAUGUCACCAUCCUCCCCCCCGGACCCCUUGAUGCCACCGCUCCCAUCUGGCCUCCAACCAGAGAAGACACAGCCAACACCCCACCUGCCCACAGUGUCCCUGUGCCAGCCACAGAGCUGGGUUCCACUGAGCUGGUGACCACCAAGACAGCCGGCCCUGAGCAGCAGUAGCGACGGAGGGGGCAGGAGGUGGCCCCUGUCCCCCCAGUGGGCCGUCAGCCAGGGGCUUGGAGGUUGGAUUCGGCUCUUCACACACCCCCCAAUCCCGUGCCCACCUGCCCCUUUUCUGGGAACCGCGCUGCUCCCCUGCUAACCCUGCAGAGCCACAGACUACAGACCUCAGACGGCCGGCGUGGCGGCCCUACCGCACCAUAGCAUUUGGCUUAAAACCAGACCAUCUUUGGCAGCCCUCGAAGGUUGUGGCUGAGCUCCUGUGCUUUUGAGUGGCUGGGGCACAUGGCGUAGGAGGUUUUUCUCUAAGUGCAGGGAAGCCACCAUCCACCAGAAUGGAUCUAGGAGAAGGAUCUGGUAGGAGGACGCUUAAUUUACAGCCGGGGACGGAUCUCUUUAAUACGUGCGCUCCCAGCUGUCCUGCUUCUAACCAAAGCAAAUGGUAGCAAGGAGUAACCAGCCCACAGGUUUGCUUCAGGAUUUAAUACACAAUGAUUCUGAUUGUCACAAAGAGCCUGCAUUGUGCUAAUUCUCAGGUAUCUGUAGCUGAGGGCCAACCCUGAGCUUGGCCCAACCUUCUAGGACCUGCGAUGCCAUUUUUCACCCUGGUAGCAGCUUCCAGAGCCCCAGGCUUGCCCUUGGGAGGAAGUCUCCAGCCCCCCUGGGGCUGGACUGCGGGCUCAUGCUGAAGGCACGCUGCCAAGCCUCUCUCAGAGGCCACCUGGAGUCCCAGCUGUCUCCGAGGCGUGCUCAGCUGUACACAGGGAAAGGCCCAGGACUACCAAGGGGCUCCUUUGUUCAGAAGCCAGAGCAGACCUGUGGCCUUGAACCAGCUGGACCUGAUGUCUCUUGAGCUCCCUCUCUCUGUGGCCUGCCCUCCUGAAGCACUGGGCCCCAAGUGCUAUGGUCACUCGGCCAUUCUGUGCCAGCCCCCGGGGUCACCCAAUCUCCCAGUGGAAUUGCUCCUCUGACAGCAGUGCCCUUGUUCUGGGGCCUGGGACUGAGACCAUCUCCUCGAGUUGUGGACCACGCCGUACUCGGUCAGGCACUGCAUCUCCUGCCGGCUCUCCUACAGAGUUAGAACCUCCUGACCCGGACUCUGUCCUGGACAGUCCUUGGAACUUGUCACAGGUUAGCACCCUCUGAAGGAACAUGGACUACGAAGUAGAAGAUGGAGUUUUGGGUCCCAUUUGUCCCACUGUAGGGCCUUGGUCAUGUUCUGUUCCAUGCAUCUCAUGCCUUUCUGCCCACUUCUCCCUGAGCUGCCCAGCACAGUCUCCUGGCCGAUACCCACCCUUCCUGGCCACCAGCUUCUCAGCCCAGAAGACGGCCUGGAGCCCCCAGCACCCUGAUACCCAAUUUAACUCUUCCUAAACCACUCCCUCCCUGAAUUCAUCCCAGAUGCCCCUCUCUGCAAGCUGCCAGGUGGCUGGGGCAAGGUCAGGUGGCUGGCAGUCGGCAGGAUGGUGGGAAGCUGGCCCGGCAAUGGGCGCAGACCUCCACUCCACUUCAUCUGGGCACUGGAGAGCCUGUGCUGCUCCUGGCCCCCUCUGCCUCCCACUCUCCUUUUGUACCAGAGCAGGGGGCUGGGCCCUGGAGGUAAAACCCCUCUGGGGUCCAGACAUGCAAACCUCUGGCACCACUGUGUCCCAGCCACACCCCAGCUUCCUCUCUGGUCUCGGUUUCCAUUUCUGAAAAAUUGGGGCGGGGGGGGGGUGUGGGGGGGGGGUGUUGGAUGCAAAGUGUUUCUCCAGGCCGGUCGGGUCGCUGUCUGCUGUCUGAGGAGAAGGACUUGAAAGAACCUGAAAAGAUCCUUGUCCACACCCCACCAUUUUACAGAUAAGGAAACUGAGACCCAGAGAGGGAGAAGACUUGGCAAAUAACAGAAGGGAGUUUCCUUGGAGAAGAACCAGGAGCAGAGGCGGGGGGAGGCGUGGGCAACGAGGGGGCCAGUGUCCCCCAGCCCCCGGGAAAGGACCCCACCACUCGGGGGGUUUCAGUCUCUGGCUCUGUGUCCCAGGAAGUGUUUUCUAAGAAGCCUUCAAUGAAGUCACAGCUUUUGAUCUUAUGGACAGCACCUGGAGGAGGGGCGUGGGUAUUUGUUUGCUUUUUUCUUUUUUUUUUAAGGUUUUAUUUAUUCAUUGAAGAGGAUGAGUGUGGGGCAAGGGCAAAGGGGGAGGGAGAAGCGGACUCCCCACUGAGCAGGGAGCCCCCCCAUGGAGCUCGGACACCAACUCAGGACCCUGAGAUCAUGACCUGAGCCCAACCGACUGAGCCCCCCAGGCAUCCCUUGUUCGCUUUUUAAAAAGUUUUUGUUUUUGUGGUUUUUUUUAUUAGAAAAAAACCGAGACAAAUACUUUGUAAACACUUUGGAAAAUUCAGGGCAGUGAUCCAGGGUGGAGGCCAUGGAGAAAUGACCCAUAAGCCCGAGUGACUGUAAUCAUUUUACGCGCAUAAAUUCGUACCGUGGCUGUCA